ACCACUACUAUUUUCAUUUCUUUGCCUUUCUUCUUCUUCAUCUUUUAAUCUGUUUUUCUCCGUUUUCUCUGAGGAGGAGCUUCGAUUAUUAGAAUGAAGGAAAGGCUCCAGGACACUCUUUCUUCCCACAGGAAUGAACUUGUUUCUCUGCUCUCCAGGUAUAUUGCUCAGGGAAAAACCAUACUUCAGGCCCAUCACCUGGUAGACGAGCUAAACAAUGUCAUUCAAGAAGAUGAAGGAAUGCAAGAGCUAAAAGAUAGCCCCUUUGGCAAAGUCCUGCAAUCUGCACAGGAAGCAAUAAUCUUGCCUCCAUUUGUGGCCAUUGCAAUUCGUCCAAGACCUGGUGUUUGGGAAUACGUUCGUAUUAAUGUUUAUGAACUCAGUGUGGACCAUUUGAGUGUGGCAGAGUAUCUUCGGUUCAAAGAAGAACUAGUGGAUGGACAGAGCAAUGGCAAUUAUGUGCUUGAACUUGAUUUUGAGCCAUUUAAUGCAACAUUCCCUCGACCAACCCGGUCAUCAUCCAUUGGUAAUGGAGUUCAGUUCCUUAACAGACAUCUAUCUUCGAUUAUGUUUCGUAAUAAAGAAAGUUUGACGCCCCUGCUAGACUUUCUUCGUGCACAUAAACAUGAUGGUCAUGCAAUGAUGCUAAACGAUCGGAUUCAGAGCAUACCAAAACUUCAGUCUGCUUUGGUGAGGGCAGAGGAAUAUCUUUCUAAGCUCCAACAGACAACACCAUAUUCUGAGUUUGAGUUUGAGUUUCAAGGAAUGGGUUUUGAGAGAGGGUGGGGUGACACGGCUCAAAGGGUGUCUGAAAUGGUGCAUCUUCUCUUGGAGACUCUUCAAGCUCCCGAUCCAUCUACCUUGGAAACAUUUCUAGGGAGAAUUCCAAUGGUGUUCAAUGUUGUCAUUGUGUCUCCACAUGGCUAUUUUGGCCAAGCAAAUGUCUUAGGUUUGCCUGACACUGGUGGACAGAUUGUUUAUAUACUCGAUCAAGUUCGUGCAUUGGAAAAUGAUAUGCUUCUUAGGAUACAAAAACAAGGACUGGAUGUUAUUCCUAGAAUUCUUAUUGUUACUCGGCUGAUACCUGAUGCGAAAGGGACAACAUGCAACCAAAGAUUGGAAAGAAUCAGCGGUACAGAACACACAUGCAUUUUGCGAGUUCCUUUUAGGACUGAGAACGGAAUUCUACGCAAUUGGAUUUCAAGGUUUGAUGUGUGGCCAUACUUGGAGACAUUCGCAGAGGAUGCAUCAAAUGAAAUUUCUGCUGAGCUGCAAGGUGUUCCAGAUCUCAUCAUUGGCAACUACAGUGAUGGAAAUCUUGUUGCAACUUUGCUAUCCUAUAAACUUGGAAUCACACAGUGCAAUAUCGCUCACGCAUUGGAGAAAACGAAGUAUCCAGAUUCUGAUAUAUAUUGGAGAAAAUAUGAAGACAAGUACCACUUUUCAAGUCAAUUUACAGCUGAUCUUAUUGCAAUGAACAACGCAGAUUUUAUAAUCACCAGUACAUACCAAGAGAUAGCAGGAAGCCACAAUAAUGUUGGACAGUAUGAAAGCCACACAGCUUUCACUCUUCCUGGCCUGUAUCGAGUUGUUCACGGGAUUGAUGUAUUCGAUCCCAAGUUUAAUAUCGUCUCUCCAGGUGCAGACAUGUGCAUAUAUUUCCCAUACUCUGAGAAGGAAAUGAGACUAACUGCUCUACAUGGCUCAAUUGAAGAACUCUUAUUUAGUACCGAGCAGAACGAUGAGCAUGUUGGUUUAUUGAGUGAUCAAUCAAAGCCUAUCAUCUUCUCCAUGGCAAGACUCGAUAGAGUGAAAAACUUAACUGGUCUAGUUGAGUGCUAUGGCAAGAGCAGCAAGCUAAGAGAGCUGGUAAACCUUGUCGUGGUUGGUGGUCACAUAGACAUUAAGAACUCCGUGGAUAGAGAAGAAAUGCAGGAGAUAGAGAAGAUGCACAGCAUCAUUGAGAAAUAUAAAUUGAAGGGCCAGUUUCGUUGGAUAGCAGCUCAAAUGAACCGUGCUCGUAAUGGUGAGCUAUACCGCUACAUAGCUGAUAUGAAAGGUGCUUUCGUGCAGCCUGCCUUCUAUGAAGCUUUUGGCCUCACGGUUGUGGAAGCAAUGACCUGUGGUCUCCCUACAUUUGCAACUUGUCAUGGUGGUCCUGCUGAGAUCAUUGAGCAUGAUGUUUCAGGGUUCCAUGUUGAUCCAUAUCAUCCUGACCAAAUGGCUGCACUACUAGUGGACUUCUUCGAAAAGUGCCAGAAGGAACCAGGAUACUGGGACAAGAUCUCCGGUGGAGGGCUAAAACGAAUCUAUGAAAGGUACACCUGGAAAAUAUACUCAGAGAGACUGCUGAACUUAGCUGGGGUUUAUGGGUUCUGGAAGUACGUGUCUAAGCUUGAGAGGCAAGAAACGAGGAGAUAUUUGGAAAUGUUUUACAUUCUCAAGUUCAGAGAUUUGGUGAAGUCUCUUCCUUUGGCAGUAGACGAGCAGCAUUGAACGAAUUAGCAUGGCAAGGAAAAGCACUACUCUGUUUUGUUAAUGUGGAAUGAAGACUAUUUCCAGAACUAUGUUUUUUUAAGUUUAUAUUUUCAUUUAGUGGAACUAUGUUGGCUUGUUUGCUUUGAAUUUGAGGAUCAGAGUUGGAUGUUAAAGGUUGGAGCUUA